AGCUCGGCUAAUCCACUCUUCAAUGGAGGCUCUGGCCCUUUUUCUCUUUAUUCGUGGAGGAUUUAACUUACAGAGUUUCUUCUAUGAUCUUCGAUUUUUUUCCUUUUUUUUUCUCUCAAGGAGGCAAAGUAUAGUAUUUAUAGCACGAUUUGUAUCACUAAGGGAUCUUCAGCGAGAUCCUUGCUCGUUAACCACAGAACUUUUCUUGAUUUUAAGAGGAGAUCUUGGGUGGUUUAGAGUUUCACACCUUGAUCACUGCCACUUUGCUGUUUUUGUGGACGCUUCUUUCUGUCUAGCUGUUCUUUCCUUGACUUCUCUGGUCUUUCAUCGGAGAGGAGCUCGGGAUUUGGGCUUCAGAGCUCUGGCCUCAUUGCCCGACUUGGCUUCCCGAACUCAUACUUAGUAAAAAUUCUUUAUUCAUGCAUCAUCACAUGUAAGCUUCUUACACACACUAAAAUCCCUUAAAAAUACUUAAAACACUCAUUCUAUUUUCCCCUCUACGGGACACACUGUUCAUACUUCAUUAAAUUGGAAUUCCAACAAACUAUUUAAGUCCUUUUUUUUUGUCUUUUCUUGAGAUGUUAUGUGUCGCGAGUUUUCAACAUAAGAACCGUUAAGAGAGCUUGACUUAUAUACUUGAGAGGCUGCUCCACCCAUUGUCAAUUGAUUUUGGGUUGGAUGCUCUAACAUGGUAUCAAAGUUGGGUCU